AUUAUCAUUUCUCGCAAAGCAGUAGCAGAACCCCAAAUGGUGGGUGCGCUAAACCCCUAAAAAUGCGCGCACGCCACUCUCUGUCUUGUCUCCCUUGAAUCGGAAGGCUCAAUCUUCCCUCACCUCCUCAUGUAAGAAAAUCCUUUCCUGGUUCUACAAGCAAUCUCGGUCCCUUCUCUACAACUUUCAGGUUUUUGGCAUGUUUUUAUGUGGGUUCUUUUGGAUUGGUUUUAAGAGCUAAUAAUGGGGAAAAGGGUUAAGAGGAAAGCUCGGACGCCAGCUAAGGAGAAGCGGGUUGUGACCCCUUCAAAUGUUGUUUCCCAACAAAUCAAUCCCAGUGUCCAUAGUGUUGACAAUGGAGAUUCAGUAGUGAAGAAUAGGAAAGCAUGUACCCAUCUUUCCAAGGGUCUCGACAUAAAUAAGUUGGCUGACAAAAUUGGUUCUUCAGAUCCAGUUAGGUGCGAAGACUGCAGAGAGGAUGUGGCUGAUAGGAGAACUGGUAAAGUUAAACAUGGGAAGAAGAAAGGAAGUGCUUCAGUGGAUUCAAAAUCUGAGUCAAAGGCAAUUUGGGUGUGUUUGGAAUGUGGGCACUAUGCCUGUGGAGGGGUUGGCUUGCCAACAAUCACUCAAAGUCAUGCUGUUAGACAUGCUAGACAAACCCGACACACAUUGGUAAUCCAAUGGGAUAACCCUCUUCUUUGCUGGUGUUUCCCAUGCACGACGCUUAUUCCAGUUGAGAAAACUGAAGGAGAUAGUGAAAAUAAAGAUAUACUGUCAGAUGUUCUAAAAUUGAUUAAGGGGCAAUCUUUGGAACGGUCACCAGUAGACGUUCAAGAUGUUUGGUUUGGGGCUGGUAGUGUUAAUAGUGGAAUAAAAUCUGAAGGCACCGUGUCAAAUAUCAUAGAUGGAAGUGGUGGCUAUGUGGUUAGGGGUUUGGUUAAUUUGGGUAACACUUGCUUCUUUAAUUCUGUUAUGCAGAGCCUUCUAGCUAUGAAUAAGUUGCGGGAGCACUUUUUGAAUGUUGAUGCUUCUCUUGGACCUCUUACCAUUGCUCUGAAGAAGCUCUUCGCUGAAACUAAGGAUGCCGGAGUGAAAAAUUUGAUAAACCCAAAAUCCUUUUUUGGGUGUGUCUGCUCCAAUGCUCCACAAUUCAGGGGGUAUCAGCAGCAUGACAGUCACGAAUUGCUCCGUUGCUUACUUGAUGGGUUGUAUAAUGAAGAGGUGGGUGCAAGAAAGCGUAUCGAUUUGUCACAAGAAGAAGGAUAUUCAUCAAAACUAGGUCCUACUUUUGUUGAUACUGUAUUUGGUGGCCAAAUUUCUAGUACUGUUUGCUGCAUCAAAUGUGGGCACUCGUCAACAGUGUAUGAGCCAUUUUUAGAUCUUUCACUUCCAGUUCCAACCAAGAGACCUACAGCUAAGAAGGUCCAACUGGCAUCUCGAGCAAAGAAGACAAAGCGGCCACCAAAGAGGGGUGGAAAGAUCCGACAAAAACCUAACAGAGAUACAGAAGAGAUGUUGACUUCUUCAGCUGAUCAUACAUUAGGAUGUUCUAGUGGUCCAGCUCCAAUUGCUGAUGAGAGUGGUUCAGUUCCACAAGUUUCUUCUGCUGUUCUGGAUUCUGGGAAUCAGAAAUCUUUGGAGAUUGCAUCUGAGGAAGUGGCUUUGGCAGAUGAUUUUGCAUGGUUGGAUUACCUUGAGCCAGAAACUGUAUCAGAUGAGCUUGAACCAACUCUACAGAACAAUGAUAUUGCAAUUGUUCAAGAUUCCAAAGAGAAUGAUGGGGUUCGCAAUGAUGUCAUGACACAGAACAAUGAGGAAUCUUCUCUUGCUGGUGAGCUGAACAUACAACCAGGUUCUUCUCGAAACCCUUGGGAAGAUGAGAUACCAAUGCAGGUUCAAGAUUCUGAAGUUCUAUUGCUUCCGUACAAGGAAGAAGCUUCCACUGUUGGAGAAAAUUUGGGAGGAGAAGCUGAUGCCUCUUCAUCUGUUAUGGGCCGUGGGCAAGAAGAAGUUGACUUUGAGGGCAUUGGGGACUUAUUUGAUGAGCCUGAGAUUUCAACAGUGUCCACGACAAAGCAUUUUCCGGGCAAUGAGGUUUCAGAAACUAGCUUUGCAGUAGGGAACAGUAGUGAAUCUGAUCUUGAUGAAGUUGAUGAUACCGAUGCUGCAGUGUCUGUUGAAAGUUGUUUGGCGCACUUCAUAGAGCCAGAGCUUCUCUCUGAUGAUAAUGCUUGGGAUUGUGAGAACUGCGCGAAAGAACUGCAACAUCAGAGUUUGGAAGCAAAGAGGAAGCAGCCGAAAACUGCAUCAAAAACCAUGACGAAUGGAGGUGAGACGAGAAGCCAAACUGAUUUGUUACAAUUGGAUAAGUACAAUUCUUGUCCCAUGGAAAUUAAAAGCCCUAGUGGUGGGGAUGGAAAUACCCAUAUCGCUGUCGACAUUUGUAGUGAAAGCUUUGCAUCACAGAAUGGGGAAGUUGAUUGUUGGAACCAGAAUUUCAUAAGUAUUGAAAAUGGAAAUAAUGGAGAGUUGAAUCUGGUGGUUUCUCAAUGUGUAGAAGGGAGAGAUAAGAUGAAAGAACCACAACAGGAACAGUCGCAUACUUUAGGUUCCUGUAAGUCCUUCAAUCAGGAAAGUUCUAGUUCUCCACCAAUUACUUCUUGUGAUGGACUCAAUAAUACUGGAUAUUCAAAAACUCGGCAGACUGGUGCUCAAUUGUUGGUUGAACACCGUCAAACAAAUGGAAGUGAAAACAAGGAUAUUAACUCCAAAAGUGUGAAGGUGAAGAGGGAUGCAACUAAGAGGGUCCUCAUCAAUAAGGCUCCUCAUGUUCUGACUGUUCAUCUGAAGAGGUUCAGCCAGGAUGCUCGUGGUCGUUUGAGUAAACUGAAUGGCCAUGUAAGCUUUAGAGAAACCAUUGAUUUAGGAGCAUAUAUGGAUUCCAGGAGUGGAUGCAAAGAGAAGCAUGUGUACAGUUUAGUUGGUGUAGUGGAGCAUCAGGGAACUAUGAGAGGUGGUCAUUAUGUCGCAUAUGUCCGAGGAGAUAGGAGCAGAGGAAAGGAGAAAGAGAGUAAUGGAGGUUAUGUAUGGUACCAUGCGAAUGAUGCCCAUGUGCGAGAGGUUUCCCUGGAACAAGUUCUUCGCUGUGAGGCUUAUAUCUUAUUUUAUGAAGAAAUCCGAGACUGAUUGCUACUACAUGUGUGAAGGUUACUUCUAUGUAACAAUUACGAGACGUGUAUUUUACAGUGAAAGAGGUUCCAAGAUUGAUUUCUUUGCGCUCGAAGCAGCUCUUCACUGUGAGUCAUAAAUUUCAUCAUGUGAAAGCUUUGAAUUUUUUUCCAUUUCGUAUACAUUUCUCAGGGAUUGAGUAAAACUGAGCAUCCCCUUAUGGGGGGAAGAGAGAGAGAGAGAGAAAGAGAGAGGACAUCUGAAAAUAGUUGAGUGUAAAAACUAAUUAGCAUGAUAUAGAUCCCAAAUUUUUUUGACAUGUAAGGAGCUCAAAGGUGCACAUUGUAAAAUUAAAUACAUGAUGAAUCUUCAGCCUUGUUGGCUUUGAGUAUGUUAA